AUGGAACUCAGAAAGGAGCCCAUGUCGUACAGUCGAGCAAGUGAGCUGAUAAAGCGUGAGCUUCAAAAGGAAGAGUUGGACCCUAAGCUGUAUGGAGUCAACAGUCUUAGGGCCGGAGGAGCAUCAGCAGCAGCAGCCCUUGGUGUACCUGAUCGGCUAUUCCAAAGGCAAGGGGAAUGGCGUAGUGAGAGGUCUAAAAAAAAUUACAUUCAGGAGUCCAUGGAGUCACUGUUAACAGUUACUAAUACAAUUCAGGCUCGAGAACUGAUUAGGCAUUUAUGGCUUAAUUUCCACCUUGUUCAAAUUUAUCAGACUUUAAGCGAUAUCGUAUUGGGGGGAACAUUUAGCAUGAACUGUGUCCAGACAAGUCGAGCAUGA